AAUAAGAUUCAUUGAGAAUUCAGAACUUAACAACCACAGGCGUUUAUUUGGGAACGGUUCUAUCCACUACUCAUCAAAUCUCCCUAACCUACGCUUAAAGGGAGGUAACUGGCGCAGUCGGUAGUUCCAGGCCUAAGAACGAGUCAACAGGAUUUCGUGACGACCGGGACAUGCAGUUAAUAUUAAUAUUAGCAUUGUGGUCCAUGGCCAUGGUUGAAAGAGGCAGGUUUGAGAUAACACCCUUGGAGAAAAACGACCCAUUGGCCCAGAUAGAAAUGGGAACGGCAAGGGUAGUACAAACGUACCAAACAUAUAUACACAUCGUGAAGCUGCAGGACUUCAAUGAAAUAAUAGGUGGUAUAGAAAAGACACUUGGAGAAGUUGAAGACGAAUCGGGAACAAGGGACGUAAUUAGAUCACUUAAAAACAAACUACACAUGUUGAAAACAAGGCUGGAAGGAAUUUGGCCUAGACAUAGAAGAGCAAGGGGAUUGAUAAACGGAUUGGGUUCGGUAGUCAAGGCAAUAACGGGGAAUUUAGACGCCAAUAACGCCGAAAAAUUAGAAGAGGAAAUAAGAAAAAUGAGAGAAGAAGAGGAGAAAUUGAGAGAGAGUAUUAACUCACAAGAGAGAACAGGCAACAAGGUCAGUUUCAUUUUCAAAAAUUUAACGAAAUACAUAAAUGAGGAGCAAAGCAGAACAGAUUGCGGAGUUGAUAAGGCAUUAAAUGGAUCAGUCCUUAUAAGAUUUACCAACUGCAAAGUGAUGGUCAACAACGUACAGUAUGAAGCGGAAGAAGGACUUAGCACAGCGAAAUUGGGAUUAGACAUACCUCGGAUAGAGACGGUUAAGAGGAACAGGACAACCCAAGAGUUGGGAAUACACGAGCUGAGGAUGGAAGACCUAGAAACAAAGGUACAGAUCAGCAGAAUGCAGUGGGGAACCACGAUCCAUGCAACAACGACCUACACGAUGCUCGGCGUACUGAUGAUAGUUACACCACACGCCACCUUCACUCCCGCCAUCGCUGAACCUGCUAUGAUAACAGCAGCUAUGCCCCCGUUAUGGUCGGUAGCUCAGACUGAGGGGGGAGGAGUUACCGCCUCAGCAUUUACCCUCGGCGGUCCCCCGUCCAAGCCGCCUCGUCAACCGGAGACCUAG